AGUAGAUUAUAGAAGAUAUGACGAUGAGGAGGAUAAAAGGCGUUCUAAUAGAUAUUCCCGUUCAAGGUCAUAUUCUCGUUCAUCUUCUGAACGUCAUAGAAGGUUAGAACAAGUUAAUGGUCAUCCUAAAUCUCGGUCUAGAUCUCCUGAUUUCCCGUCGACGUCAGAAAUGAAGGAUGAAACCACAUAG